CUCCUGAAGUGUUGCUGCUACUACAGCAGCAGCUGGAGGGCAGAUGGGGAUGGCGGCGCUGCUGCUUGCUGCUAGCUGCAUUUGCGGAAUAAAGACGGAAGUCCGCAGACAGGCACGCCACCGGCAAAUAGAGCGAGAGCCCGUAACUCGCAUGGAGUCGUGGCUGGGUCCCUGCUUCCCUUUGCUUCUAUGGAGCCCCCGCAGCGGGGCGAGGCUCCUGCUGCUGCUCUUAACGGUGCGCUUGGCGAGCAGCACGGAUAAAACAGAUGAUGAGGAUGACGAAGACCUAACAGUGAACAAAACAUGGGUGCUUGCCCCAAAGAUCCAUGAAGGAGAUGUCACUCAUAUACUGAACUCCUUACUCCAAGGCUAUGAUAAUAAACUUCGACCAGAUAUUGGAGUGAGAACUACAGUAAUUGAAACAGAUGUCUACGUUAACAGCAUUGGUCCGGUCGAUCCAAUUAAUAUGGAGUAUACCAUAGAUAUCAUUUUUGCCCAGACUUGGUAUGACAGUCGCUUGAAAUUUAAUAGCACCAUGAAAGUACUUAUGUUGAAUAGCAAUAUGGUUGGAAAAAUCUGGAUUCCAGACACUUUCUUCCGAAACUCAAGGAAAUCAGAUGCCCAUUGGAUCACAACUCCGAAUCGCUUGCUUCGUAUUUGGAGUGAUGGACGAGUGUUAUAUACCUUAAGGUUGACAAUUAAUGCUGAAUGUUAUCUUCAGCUUCAUAAUUUUCCCAUGGAUGAGCAUUCCUGUCCACUGGAGUUUUCAAGCUAUGGAUACCCAAGGAAUGAAAUUGUAUACAAAUGGAAAAAAUCCUCUGUUGAAGUGGCAGAUCCCAAAUACUGGAGACUGUAUCAAUUUGCAUUUGUAGGUUUACGAAAUACAACAGAUAUCUCUCACACACAGUCCGGAGAUUAUGUUGUCAUGACUAUCUUCUUUGUUCUGAGCAGACGUAUGGGAUAUUUUACCAUUCAGACCUACAUUCCUUGCAUAUUGACCGUUGUUUUGUCCUGGGUUUCAUUCUGGAUUAAUAAAGAUGCAGUGCCUGCAAGGACAUCAUUAGGGAUCACCACUGUGUUGACCAUGACCACGCUGAGUACAAUUGCGAGGAAGUCUCUUCCCAAGGUUUCCUACGUAACAGCAAUGGACCUUUUUGUCUCUGUAUGUUUUAUUUUUGUGUUUGCUGCCUUGAUGGAGUAUGGCACCUUGCAUUAUUUCACCAGCAACAAAAAAGGAGCCAGAGAGAAAGACAAGAAAUCAAAACACAAGUCAUCAAAUCCUCCUGUACUUCCUGUCCGUCCUGGAUCAACGUUAAUUCCAAUUAACAAUAUCCGCCACCUUCAAGAACAUGAUGACAAUUAUGGAUAUGAGUGCCUUGAAGGUAAAGAUUGCACCAGCUUCUUCUGUUGCUUUGAUGACUGCCGCACGGGAUCAUGGAGAGAAGGACGAAUACACAUCCGUGUGGCCAAAAUUGACUCCUACUCUCGGAUCUUCUUUCCCACGGCCUUUGCCCUGUUCAACCUUGUCUACUGGAUUGGUUAUCUUUACCUAUAAAUCCCAGAUAUGUGACAGUCUUGAAAAAGCGAUACCUGACACUCUUAAAUACAUCAAAGUAAAUAAGAUUAAAAGGUUAAAGGCCGUCAUAUAUUUUUCUUUUGUUUUUAUGUUUGACAUUUCAAGAUGCAAAAAUAUUCAAAAUGUUUACUAUAACUUUUAUAUAUUUUGACCAUUUACAAAGCUAAAAACAAUUCACAUUUGAAAAAAAGAUGUUUAUAUGUUUUCCCUCAUUUUUAAACUAUUUUUUAUAAAGAUCAGUGGUUUAAAAGAUAGACCAGGAAGUUCUUUCUAAUUUGUUAAAGAAGACAAUAAUUGUUAAAAGUGGAUAAUUUUGUUGCUGCUCUUACACCAAAGCUGACAAAGCCUUAAGAUACUAGAAACUGAGACUACUCUAGGUUUAAACCUAUUUAAAUCCAUUGACAAAUCACUUUAAGGUGAUGAAGUCAGUUUAAACAAGUUCAUCUGGCUCAGACCAGUUUUUAGAUAGGCCUGAAAGAAGUCACUGAAGACCAAACUGCAUAUGAGUCAGUGGGGGUGAUCCAUGAUCGAAUUACAUGAGGUAGUUUUAUUUAACGUUUAUAUUUUUUUAACUUUUUGAAACUCCCUGCUUAUUGACAUCAAGCAGGGCCCUUCAAUGUAUUCCUUUUUGACACCUACUUAAACCUUUUUGUUCAGGCAAGCCUUUUCAGAUACAGAGAUUUUGAUCUGUUCUAUUUUUUUUAGCUUUUAGCUGCUUUAAAUUGCUUUAAAUAUGUUUCUAGUUACUUGUUUUCAACUGUUUUAUUAAUAAUUUUAAUGUUUUUUGUAAACCACUUAGAGGUCUUUACAUUCAAGCAGUUUAUCUUUACAUUCAAGCAGCAGGAUACCUGAAAGACCAUCUUAUCCCUUAUAUACCCAGUCGAUCACUGCGCUCUGCAGGUGAGGGCCUCCUGCAGAUACCAUCUUAUCAGGAGGUCCAUUCCGUACAACAUAGGAAAUGGACCUUUAGUGUGGUGGCACCUACCCUGUGGAAUUCCCUCCCCUUAAAUAUUAGACAGGCGCCAUCUCUGUUAUCUUUUUGGCGCCUAUUGAAGACCUUCCUCUUUCAACAAGCAUUUUAAGUUGAGACCUUAUCCUGGUCUGCGACUGUGUCGGAAUUGCUUUUUAAUAUAUUUUUAAACCUUUUUUUAAACAAUAUGUUUGUAACCUUUUUUUAAAGAUGUCUUGAAAGCUUUUAAAAAAAUGUUUUAAAAGAUGUUUUAUUUUAAUGUAUUUUAAAGUCUGUUUUUAUGAUGUUUUAAAGUGUUUUUAGUACUUUUGUUUGCCGCCCUGGGCUCCUGCUGGGAGGAAAGGUGAGAUAUAAAUCAAAUAAUAAAUAAAUAAUAAAUAUAUAAAAUGUAUAAAAGAAAAUACAGAACAAUUUAAAAGCAGCCAUAGGAGCUGAUGUUAUUGGGAUUGGGGUUGUGGCACUUGGUGGUAAGGGGGGAUAACUUUCCGCAAUGGACAUCCGCUCUCCAAGACUGUUAUUAGAUGCAGGGACGGGAUGAGAGAGAAGGAUCUGUACUGAACAUGUCUUUUUGCUUCAUCAGGGAUAUUUGGAGCUUUGUGGUUUGUGAAGGGGUUCCAUUUGGUAAAUGGGUGGGAGGUUUAAAGAAAAAAAGACAUCAGGAAAUUCAGUCAUGGAUCUCCCACAUGUAGUUUGGCCUUGACUUGAAAUUGCUAAUUGAGCAACCCUCUCAUAUUUUUUUGAGUUAUCCGGUCUUGCCUAAUAUUGUUUCACGUGGAAAUAUGUGACACCCUCAUUUGAGUGAUGAGAGCAGCAUGCAACCAGCAUGUUCUAUAAAGUGAUGAUAAUUCUGAGCACUCCCUGUCUUAUAUGUCACAUUUGUUAAGUGUUUUCCAUUUUUGUUUAAAAAAAAGAAAGCUGUUUUCCUGUCACCACCAUUGAGAGAUCCCCAGCCACCCCUGUCAGAAUGCAACAUCCCAGAGAAGAUCCCCCUGUUCGGACCUGCACUUUAAGUGUUAUGGUUGCCACCUCUGUUUAGUCAUUUCACAUGAGAACGAAGAAAGGGGAAGCAGCAGAACAAGAAUAAUGUCUCAAAAGGUGCCCUUAAAAAAGUUUUAUUUAAGGUCUGAUGAAUCUUAUACAUACACAUCUUGUGUGAGUUCAUUGACCUUUAGGGGCAACUGAGCUGUUCAAUCAAGACUACUCAAGCCGUUCUGUAUGCUAUCUGCUACCUGCUACAUCAUCAGGGACAGUAAUUGAGGAGAUCACAUGGGGUGAGCCAUAGAAAAGUUACUUCCCAUUAGUAUGGUCCCUCCCAGAGGGCUGGGUAGCAUUAGUGUGAUACCUUAUGCCGUUGUUAACUCCUCCGAGUUCCAGUCAUGACAUGGAAAGGAAACAUGCAGAAGUGGUAAAUACAUUAGGAAAUGUAAGAACCAUGACAUUUGUAUAGACCAGAUAUAUGAUGUAUUCCCAGGUCACAUUCGGAUCUUACAUUUAAAGCACUAUUAUACUACUGUAACA